GUAACCAAUUUUUCUUAAAUAAAUAACAUGACAUAUGAAAAUUUCUCGUCUUAUAAAAUGGCUACGGCCUUGCCAACUAGCGCCGACCCUCGGUUCUAUGGCAUACAAGAGGAGGAAGUGGAACCUAAAUUUAGGUACCAACGCCUAGCUAAUGAUUUGAAAACAAUACUUAAUACUGAUGUUAUAACUUGCGCUGCUGUGCACUUGAAGUUUCUUUUACUUGGCACCUUCCGAGGUCGCGUCUAUUUAUUUGACCAUCAAGGAAACUGUGUCGAUUCGAAUUUGACCACCAGCGAAAACCAAACACAUAAAGUGGGCGUAAACCAAAUUGAUGUGGAUUUAAAGGGCGAGUAUGUGGCUACAUGCUCCGAUGACGGAAAAGUCAAUAUAACGGGCUUAUUCAGCUGUAAAAAUAACCAAAUUCUAAGUUUCGGAAAAUGUAUAAAGACCGUGGCCUUGGAUCCCGAUCCUAGGUCUCACAUCACUCGAUUUAUAGUUGUGUUUUUAGGCACCGAUAAACUUAUCUUGUACGAUCAUAAUCUUCUCAAAAAGCUUAAACCAAUUGAGCUUUGCUCAGUCGAAGGCCACGUUUUGUCUGUCUGCUGGCACUCCAGCCUAGUUGCGUGGGCGAGUCACAUAGGUGUCCGUGUCUACGAUUUAACUGAAAGAUGCUCCCUCGGGUUAAUAAAAUGGGAGGUUCAAUGUGAAAAACGUUUGGAAAACUUUCCAUGUAACCUGCGAUGGUCGAAUGAACAUACUUUAUUAAUCGGAUGGGUAGAUACAAUACGAAUAUGUAUUAUUCGUAAAAGAAAUUCAAUCGAAGCUUUAGAUAAAAAACUGCCCAGGUACAUUGUUGAUCCAGUCUCGACAUUCCAAACAAAUUUUUACAUCUGUGGACUUGCCCAACUCACGGCCAAACAAUUAGUGGUGCUUGGGUACCGCAAAGAAAGGAGCUCAUCUUUUAAAGCUUUGCGUCCCGUGCUGUGCGUUAUUGAGUACAAGCAUGACAGCAGCAAGGAGAUCUACGCAGACAGCUUAACUUUGCGAGGAUUCGAGGAGUAUACAGUUAACGACUACAGUCUAGGUAGCAUAAUAGAGGAAAAUCGUUUUUAUAUUGUGGCCCCCAAGGAUAUUGUGGUAGCUAGUCUUAUUGAAACAGACGACCGCAUAGAAUGGUUAAUUAAGCACAGUAAAUUUGAAGAGGCAAUGGAAUUGAUAGCCACGCAUGGUAGUAACGUCCCCGUUCUUUCAGUUGGCAGGCUUUAUAUUAACCAUUUACUGGCACAAAAGCAAUAUGAGAAUGCUGCUAAACUUUGCCUGCGAACACUAGGAAAUAACAAAGUCCUUUGGGAAGAAGAAGUUUUUAAGUUCGUAAAGUGUCAGCAGUUACGCUCCGUUAGCUCUUAUCUUCCUACAUCUGACGAAUGUAAACUCGAUCCUCAUGUGUACGAAAUGGUUUUGUAUGAAUUUCUGAAAUUCGAUGUAGACGGCUUUCUAAAUAUCAUCAAGGAAUGGCCAUCUCAUCUUUACGACGGGCUAGCCGUCAUUAACGCCAUUCACGAUAAUUUUCGUAAGAAUCAUGCGAAUGAGUUGCUUGAAUCUCUGGCUCUGUUAUACUCGUACCAGGGUGAUUACGAAAGCGCCCUCCGCAUGUAUCUAAAGUUGCAGAACAAGGACGUAUUUCAACUAAUUCGUCGUUAUGAGCUUUAUGAUGCCAUUUCAAACUUAAUUAUUCCACUCAUUCAAUUGGAUCGUGAAUGUGCAUUUAACAUACUAUUAGACAACAGCAAAAUAAAGACAGAGGUUGUUGUUCAUCAGCUGGAGCACAAUCAGUUGUUUCUAUACUGGUAUUUGGACUCCUUGCUAAAAGUAGAUAGACAUAACGUCUUUCAAAAUAAACUUGUGUUUUUGUAUGCAAAGUAUGAUCGGAAGAAACUUUUGCCCUUUCUUGUGAGUUCAAAGGAAUAUGUCAUACAGGAGGCGUUGUCCAUUUGUAAACGGGAGAACCUAUAUCCAGAGAUGGUUUACCUGCUGGGUUGCAUGGGAGGAGUGAAGGCAGCUGAAGCCCUAAAUAUCAUUAUUCAUAGGAUUAAUGACAUCGAAAUGGCAAUCGAUUUCUGCAAGGAACACGAUGACAACGAUCUAUGGAAUCUGCUUAUAAAUGAAUCCACAAAGCACUCUGAGAUAUUGACCAAGGUAUUAGAUGGUAUAGUGGACUACAUGAACCCCAUGGCAAUUGUUAGUAAGAUUAAAAUGGGCCAGAGAAUUCCAAACCUGCGGGAAUCGAUAAUUAAAAUGCUGUGGCACUAUAACAUCCAAGAAAAAAUAUUAUCUGCCACUCAAAAAAUUCAACUGGAUGACUAUUUUGAAUUUCACUCGGAGGUAGUGGCUCUACAAAGACGCGGUCAGGGAGUAUGUGAACAAAAAUGCUCAUUGUGUUUUUGUCCAGUACUAGUGACAAAUACUGUCCAUAAUUGUAUAAUUGUAUUUAAUUGUGGCCACGUUCACCAUGAGCCGUGCGUUCAAGGCGUCCCUGCCAACAAUCAUUGCAGCGAGUGUAAACUUAGGGCCAGCGACUGCUCAGUGUAAAACUAACUUUAACCUGGAGUCUAUAUUAUAACAUGUUUUUAUUUUAAAGUAGUAAAUGCUGCCAAAUUAAAAAGCGAACUAUAUGCAUUAUA